AUGACGGAGCCUCAACUGGCGGGUGCUACGCCGCCGGUGCUGGCGCCGAAUUUGGAGGCGCAGCUUACUUGUUCUAUCUGCACCGACCUCCUCCACCAACCCCUCACCCUCCUCGACUGCCUGCACACCUUCUGCGGCGCCUGCCUCAAAGAAUGGUUCUCCUUCCAAGCCCAACGCAUCGAGUCGUCCCCGGGCCCUCCCCCACCCCCCGGUACCCCCUUAUUCACCUGCCCGAGCUGCCGAGCAGGCGUCCGCGACACGAAGCAUGACGCGCGAGUAUUCAGUCUGUUGGAUAUGUUCCUGGCGUUGAAUCCCGGCCGGGGGAAGAGUGAGGUGGAAAAGAGGGAGAUGGAUGCGAGGUAUCGGAAGGGGGAGAGGGUGAUGCCAAGGGUGAGGAAGGUGGAGGACCGCACGGAGGAGGAGAGGUGGGCGGAUGAGGAGGAGAGGAGGGUGCUGGAGCAGGUUAGGUUGGUUAGUUUGAGGGAGGCCACGGAGGGGGUUGGCUCCUCUGGAUCUUCUGGUUCUGGUUCUGGUUCUGGUCCUUCUGCUUCUGCCGGGAGGCGGGGAAAUGGAAAUGGAGGGCGUAAUAGGAGUAGGGAUGCGAGUAGGGUGAGGGGGUCAGGGUCAGGGUCGGAUAGGGAGAGAGACGGUGCUGCUGCUGCAACUGGCUCAGGGAGGAGGAGGGCGCAGAGCGUGACGGUGAGAGCAGGAGACGGCAGCGGUGGGGAGCGGGAAUCCGGAGGUGGUCGCAGGCGGAGUGAGUCGAGACAGCGGGGCGGCCAGGGGGCCGUCGCCACAGCGUUGGAAGCGGAUGUCCGGGCGCGACAGGUCGAGCACCAGAGCUCACUGCGGAAUUUGAUCAGUACCGAUGGCAUGGACAUUCGGGAUAUCGAGCGGGAGGUGGAGGAGUUUGCGCGGCAGAUUCAAGAGGAAGGGUUGUUGGAUGGGUUGGACUUGGAUAACUUGGAUUUGGAGAACAACGACGAGCUCAGCCGCAAGAUCACCGAGGCGUACCGGAGACGACACCGCGAGAGAAGGCGGGACGGCGGGCGACGGAGUAACGCCAGCGCGCACUCGCACCGGUCGGAUAUCGCAGCGGCGCGGCCCCGGUCCCGGACAGACGACAACUCACGGCCGACGAGCAGACACGCGGCGCGGUCGAGAGCGCCGAGUGUGGGCAGCGAUGGAGACCGUAGCCGGUAUCCGCCGUCUAGCUCGGCGCAUCUCGAUGUUGGGGAACAGGCGCGGCGUCGGCGGGCGUCGAGUGGUGCUCGGAGCGUGACGUUGCCCACGGUGCCGACUGCCGGAACACAGGCGGGCAAUGCCGGGAGCGUGGGGUCUCGGGCGCAGACGGAUCUCUCGGGUCGGGCACGGGGGGCUAGUGGUGCUGAUUCACAUGUCAGACGGCCGAGUAUGGGGAUUGAGGUCAGGAGUUCGAGUUCACCCACGACUGCAGGUGCUACCGGGCCGGUGUCGAGACGGGGCUCUCCGGCGAACCAGGGGCUUCCACUUCCGUUUAGUGCGCGGGCCAUCGCAAACUUGGGUCUUCAAGCCCAGACGCAACAAGCACAAGCACAAGCACAAGCACAAGGACAACAACAUAUACAGCCUCAAACCAGCGAUGGCCGGUCUACUUCAGCGCACAGCGGACGGAGGUCAGACAGGCCAGGCGCCAUAGAUGUCCGUCCGGAAUCACCCACGCUCGGGUCCAGCUCGACGCCGCCAAACCUCGUAUCCCCCCCUUUAUCCCCUCGAAGGCCAGACUCCCAACAACAGACGGCCCGGUACAAAGAGCCGUACAUCAGCUGCAACGUGUGCCACCGCGAGCACAUCGAGUACGACCUGCACUACAACUGCAGCCUCUGCCACAGCGGCGAGUGGAACAUCUGCCUCGACUGCUGGCGUCGACGCAAGGGGUGUCUGCAUUGGUUCGGCUUCGGCGCUGCAGCCUGGGCGCGAUGGGAGAAAAUCAACAACGCCAACAACAACAACGCCCUCGGAGACCACAACCAGCAGCAGCCACCAGCCGCUCCACCUCACGUCCUCGCCCCGCGCCGCUACCUCCCCCCGAAACAAAUCCCCGCAGGCGCCGACACGCGCCGCAUGCUCAUGACCCCGGAGAACCCGGCUGACCGGCUGCAAACGGGCACAUUUUGCGCACGCUGCGAGGCAUGGACCAACGAGUGCUACUGGCGGUGUGAUACGUGCAAUGAUGGCGAGUGGGGGUUUUGUAGCGGGUGCGUGAGCCAGGGGAAUGCGUGUACUCACCCGCUGCUGGCGCUGGAAUAUCACGAGUCGGGGCCUCCGUCGCCGACAACGACGACGAUGGCAACGACACCACACACAAACAACUUCCAACCCGUCCUGCCCACGCCCUGCUGCUCGGCCUGUCGGAUCCCCAUCGCCCCGUCUGAUCCCCACUACCAUUGCUACACCUGUCUGUCCAACAACCUCGUCCACGUUCCAGACUACGCCCAUGACGGCCCGUCCACACCGCCCCACGACAAACAACAUUACCAGAAUCAGCAGCCCCAACAAAACAGCUACGACCUCUGCACACCCUGCUACACCUCAUUCCUCACCGACGGCACCAUCGCCCCCGAGAACGGCCCCAGCGGCUGGCGUCGGUGUUUACGUGGCCAUCGUAUGGUGGUGGUCGUGUAUGCCGCUGAUCCUGAGGCGCUUCGGGCAGCAGCAGCUGCCGCUACCGCCGCUUCUCCAUCUGGUGGACCCGGAUCUGGGUAUGGGACAGGGGCUGGAUCGGGGUAUUUCGCGCGGUAUUUACGUCGGAGGGUGAUACGGGAUUUGGUAGGCGGGAGGAGACUGGGGUUUCAGGAGGUGGAUGUGCCGAGGACGGAUGAGGGGCGGGUGUGGAUUGCGUCGUGGGGGGAUGAUCAGAGUGAGGGCGGGAAUGGGAAUGGGAACGAGAGAAAGAAAUGGGAGCGGUUAUACGCCGAAGACGUUGGGAUUCCCACGGCUAGUCUUGCGCCGACUCUUGGUCUUCACAUCAACAGUCACAAUAACAGCAACGGACACAGUAACAGUAACGACCACAGCACCAGCGAAGGAAGGUUCACCAAGGCUUUCCCCCCCGACGGCGGGACCGGAUUGAAAGCCGUUGCAGGCUGGGGAUGGACACCGGCGGCUGGGGUGCAGGAUGAGUUGUUGUUUCCGCGGGGGGCUGAGGUGUUAGAGGUGGAGGAUGUGAAUGGGGAGUGGUUCCAUGGGUUUUAUAUGGGCACGCGGGGGCUGUUUCCGGCGCCGUAUGUGCGGCUGUAA